AUGACCAUGGACUCCUACGUCGAAGGCUGCCUCACAGAAGCAGCUGUCAACCUCGGCUUCUGGCCAACGAACCAACGCAACAGAAGUCUCAUGCUACUCGUCGCAAAGCACCUCACCGCCGAAAGCCAACGCACAUGUCGAGACGGUCAAGGCAAUUUUAUGCAGCUCAAGCGAAGCGACGUUCUCGAUUACGCAUCCGUAAGUUUCAUUCAGGAGUACGGUCCUAUCCUCUGGACCGAUCGGAUGGAUGAACGUAGACAUCUCAACGAUACCUGGCGCCGGAAUGAGAGUGGAGUCGUUUGUCAGACUACGUUCAUUUGGAACCAUGAUCAGUGUGCUGCUGGGAAAGUGGAACGAUCACUGUUUGAGAGUGUUCUGGGAAGUGCGUUGGGACGGGCUGUGAGGAGUUAUUUUGGAUUGAUGGAUCAGGUUCCGAAUGUGGCGCUGGAGGAUGCGAUGGGUAUGAGUGCGGAGGCGCUGGUUUGGGGUAUUAUGAUGGUUUGA